UGGUUGUGUGUGUGUUUGUAGAGUGUUAUGAUGGACGUCUUCAGCCGCUUCGGUCCGCUGCAGUCAGUGGAGCUGAGCGAGAGAUCAGGAGCGUCUGGAGCGAGCGGCAGCGGUGUGUCCAGAUACUUCACCUCCAGACACAGACAGGUGACGCCUUCACACCCAGAGAACACCCCACUGAUCAUCUCCAGCACCGACAGACCUGUCAGAACCGGCAUCCGCAAGUGGAUCCAGCAGUACUCAGACUCGCUGAUCAAAGCUUCAUCACUACAGCAGGACAUCGAUCAGUUCAUGAAUGACUACGACACACAGAAGGAGGAGGUGAGACGCACACACACACACACACUCGCACACAUGCACUCACUCACUCACACUCAUGCUCUCAAAGCGAAUCAUCCGUCUGUUUCAGAUAUCGCUGAGCUGAGGAAGAAGUUUGAAGAGGACAAACAGAGAAUCGCUGUACUGAGAGCACAGAGGAAAUUCAGACCCUACUGAUUCAACAUACCCACAAUCCCCUGCACCCGCUGACUCCACAUACCCACAAUGCCCUGCACCUGUUGGCCUGUACUGUCUGGUAACAUGAAGGUUCAUUUGAAAUAAAGUCUGGAGAACAUCAAA